AUGUUUGAGAGAGUUGGGAUUGAGAAGAAAAUUGGAGCGAACAUGAAGGAUGAUGAGGAGCUUGAAAAGUUGUUAGGUGAGAUCCCUCAUGCGACAUCAUUCAACCUUCAUCACCCACAUAGUAAUGGCCAUCAUAAUGUUCAUGGCGACCAUUGUACUGGUUCAUUUGUAUCACAGAAAAUGAAUGGGGUGAUGUAUGGUUUGUACGAUGAUGACCCAAUGAGUCAUAAAUACACAUGUGCUUCCCCUGUUAGUGGGUUCUCUUUGCAAUCUGAUGGAUCUUCCUCAAGCUUGUUAUCGGGUGGGCAUUCAUUGUCUGACAAUGGAUCACCACCUCCACCUCCACCUCCAUUGGAAGAGCUCAAAUCUCAAAUGUUUUGUGGUAGUUCUAAUUCCCCAAGUGGGUUGUUGUUGGAUUUGCAAACACCUGAUUGUGUUUCUUCUGUUGCGAAGAAGGCCAAUGUAACUAUGAUUGACGAACUGAUUUUGUCAAAAAACCUUAGUAGGAUGUAUAUUAGCAAGGAGCAAGGGGAUGUCUCCGUAGACUCCAAUGGAUACCAGUUUUGUGAUCGAUAUGUUGGUGGGACUGGGACUAAUCAACUCGAUUUUGAGAAAUAUAGGUCUUCUCAUAAUCGUAUGCAAGGUUUAUCUGAUUAUGGGGGAGUUCAAUCAUCUGUUCCAAGAAGUCCUUUGGGUUUCAAUGAUAGGAUGAAUUCGGAACUGUUGAGUUUGCAACACGAAUAUAGAAUAUUGGGAUCACUAUAUUCCCCUGUUCGAUCUGAUGGAUUGUUUUCUCAAUUGAAUUAUAGCAAUAGUCAUAUGGGUUCUCAAUAUCAGAGAGCUGAGGAAGUGGGAAACUAUUACCAUAAGGGAGUUUCAGUAUCAGACUUGGCCGCUUCUGUAAAUAGGUCUUCAAUUGUUGGUGAUUUGUACUAUGGGCAGAAAAACGAGAUGAAUUUGAUUGAAGGACAGACUGCAUUUCAUCCACUCAAUAUGCCUCAGUUCACCCAAUCAAGGCCGCAUUUUAAUGUGAAAAAUAUGCUACAUUGUCACCCAGCACUGCUAAAUGGGAGAACCAGAGCAUCUUCUAGUGUUAAAAUUCCUCAAGGGGCACUUGAUGCUGUUAUUAGGGAGGAUAGCUUGAUCAUUCAAGGAGAAGGGGUAAACUAUGGAAUCAACAAAGGGAAUGCACGUUCAAGGGGACAAAAUAAUAGAGGUUCCUUACAUGACAUCAGUGUGGGUAAUUCUCAAGAAAAGAGGUCACAGCUAAAUGCACAUCCACAAUUUGCAGGGACUAAUCAAAGUGUUCUAAGUGCAAGAACGUAUUGCCCUUUCUCUCUGGCACCAAAAUGUAACUCCGUGGCAGAAGCUCAAGGUUAUAUAUACUUGAUAGCUAAGGAUCAACAUGGUUGCCGGUUCUUGCAGAGGAUGUUUGAUGAGGGAAGCCCACAAGAUGUGCAAAUAAUCUUUAAUGAGAUCAUUGGUCAUGUAGUUGAACUCAUGAUAAACCCAUUCGGGAACUACCUUAUGCAAAAGCUGUUGGAAGUAUGCAAUGAAGAACAGAGAAUGCAAAUUCUGCUCAGGAUAACUGUAGAGAGAGGCGAGCUCGUAAGAAUCUCUUUAAAUACCCAUGGCACUCGAGUGGUGCAGAAGUUGAUAGAAACUCUCAAAACGAGGCAGCAAAUUUCACUAGCUAUAUCAGCCCUUGAACCAGGCUUUAUUGCUCUCAUCAAGGACCUGAAUGGUAAUCAUGUGGUACAGAGAUGCUUGCAAUGCCUUAGCGACGAAGAUAAUAAGUUCAUUUUUGUUGCUGCUGCAAAGUACUGCAUUGACAUUGCAACUCAUCAACAUGGGUGUUGCGUGUUGCAACGUUGCAUCAGUCGUUCAACUGGAGAAUAUCGAGAAAACUUGGUCACCGAAAUUUCCGCAAAUGGACUUCUACUUUCUGAAGAUGCAUUCGGAAAUUAUGUUGUUCAGUUUAUCUUGGAGCUAAAGAUUCCAUCUGCUACAUCUAAGUUGAUUUCUCAGUUUGAGGGGAACUAUGUGCAUCUCUCGUUACAAAAAUUCAGCAGCCAUGUUGUUGAAAAAUGUCUCAUAGUAUUUGAGGAUGAACUCCGGUCAAAGAUCAUCCACGAAUUACUUUCUGCAGCUCACUUUGAGCAGUUGCUUCAAGACCCACAUGCAAACUAUGUUGUUCAAACAGCUCUACGAGUUUCCGAGGGUCCUCUUCACAAUUCACUGGUUGAUGCGAUCGAGUCCCACAAGGCAAUGGCGCGCAACAGUCCAUAUUCCAAGAGGAUUUUCUCCCAUAAGCUUUUGAAGAAGUGAUGUACAUUCCUCUCUUGUUGUUUUGACCACUUGGGCUUGCUUCAGCUUUGAGUAUAGAGGACAAAGGAAUUCUGCUUCCAGUUGCAUAUAUUUCCGAAAUGUUAUAUAUUAUUUUCUUGUCGUCAUUGUAUCUGGUGGAUACUGUCGUAUCUUUAUUCUGUGAAAAUUUGUCUGAACGAGAGUGUACAGUUUAUUUGAAUAGCGCGG